AUCGAGAUCCAAGUUCAAACCUCUGUCCCUCUUCAACAUCUCUCAACAACUUCUUACCUCUUCAACUUCUACCACAGUCUUUUAGUUUAUAUAAACUCGUUAGCCAUUUGAAGUUAUUCUUCAUCUACAACCAUCUCAAUCAUCUUUCUUACAUUCCGGCUCCACCCCGUUUCAUUCAACCGACACAAGGUCCAACUUGUCAAUACAUCUUACAUCAUGAUCUGCACGCUCUCUAUCUUUGUCCUUGCCAUCACUCGUCUGGCCAAUGCUUCCCUCUCACCUACUUUCCCAGUAUCUGGUAGCGUUUGUCAAGUCGGAGCUGAUUGUCAAAUCAAAUGGAUCGAUACCCCUGCCUCUCCUACCGCCGCCUCAAUGGGUGAAACUUCUAUCGACCUCGUUUCCGGUGACCCAUCAAACCUACAAAUUGCUCAAGACUUGGGAGGCGUCUCUAACCCGGGAGUUGCAAUGGCUUUGACAUUUAAGCCUGAUGUUACUUUGGCUGCUAACACCAAAUAUGCCAUCCGUUUCGUACCCAAGAACAACGCCCAAGGUGUUGUUUUCUCGACCUUUUUCACCAUCACUGGUGGUAACGGUACCGGCAAAACCACCCCCAUUCCCUCCACCGGAGCCACCGCUGGAAACAUGACCUCUGCCAACCACUCCGCCUCGACCAACAUGUCUAGCACCAAUGGAUCCAUGGCCAACAUGAACAUGACUGCCUCCAAGAUCAACACGACCGACUCAUCGAAACCUACGAGUUCUGCUUCACGUUUCUCACCUCAAGCUGUCCUUCUUGUUCUUGCUGCACCUAUCAUUGCCAUGCUACUUUAGAGAUCAAUCAUGUAGUUUUGCUUUUCCAUAUCGCAUUGUAUUAAGAACUUCUAUAAUCCAUUGCAACGGAAUUUUGGAGAUUCAAUCAUUAAAGUUAUCUUGAAAGUCAAAGUGUUUCAUGGAGAUUUUGUUUAGUGAUGGUGAUUUGAAUGCAUUUAACAUUUUUUAUUUCGUUUUUCAUACCUUU